AUGACUAACCCAAAACUUCCCUACGCCGGAAUCGGAGAUUCCGGCAACCACAUUUCCCUCUCUAAAAAGGCCCACAACAAGAAAAAGAAGCUCUUCCUCACAUUCUUCGCCACCCUCCUGGUGGCGGCCUCCGUCGCGGCCAUCGUCGCCGGAGUAAAAAACAAAAACAAAAAUUCCGACAGCACCAGCAGCACCCCGCUCUCCCUCUCCCACCACUCCCACACGAUCAUCAAGAGCGCGUGCAGCUCCACAUUCUAUCCAGAACUCUGUUUCUCAGCGGUGGCUUCAGAACCCAAUGUCACCCACAGGGUAACCUCUCACCGUGACGUCAUUCAGGUCUCCCUCAACAUCACCACGCGCGCGGUGGAACACAACUACUUCACCGUGAAGAAGCUUAUUGCCAAACGCGGCCUCACGAAGCGCGAGAAAAUUGCGCUCCACGAUUGCCUCGAAACCAUCGAUGAGACCCUGGACGAGCUGAAAGAGGCUCGGAAGGACCUCGAGCUCUACCCCAACAAGAAAACUCUCUACCAGCACGCCGACGACCUCAAAACGUUAAUCAGUGCCGCCAUAACCAACCAGGUCACGUGCCUCGACGGCUUCUCGCACGAGGAUGCCGAUAAGCGCGUGCGGAAGGCUCUGGAAGAAGGACAGGUGCACGUGGAACACAUGUGCAGCAAUGCACUCGCUAUGACCAAGAACAUGACCGACACCGACAUUGCCAUUUUCGAACAAAAUAUGAAGCUAGGAGACAACAACGUUGGCAAAAAUAGAAAGCUCUUGGCGGGGGAGAGUAAUGCCAAUGGCGAUGGUGUUGUGUGGCCGGAGUGGAUUUCUGCUACUGACAGAAGGCUGCUUCAGGCGGCGGAGGUGAAGGCUGAUGUGGUGGUGGCGGCGGACGGUAGUGGAGACUUUAAGACGGUGUCGGAGGCGGUGGAAGCUGCUCCGUUGAAGAGUAGUAAGAGGUAUGUUAUAAGGAUAAAGUCUGGAGUUUAUAGAGAGAAUGUGGAAGUUCCUAAGAAGAAGGACAAUAUCAUGUUCUUGGGGGAUGGAAGAACCAGCACUAUCAUCACAGGUAGCAGAAAUGUCGUUGAUGGUAGCACCACCUUCCAUUCUGCCACCGUCGCUGUUGUGGGUGGAAAUUUCCUGGCCCGGGACAUAACAUUCCAAAACACAGCGGGGGCCUCAAAGCACCAAGCUGUGGCCCUAAGAGUAGGAGGGGACCUCUCAGCAUUCUACAACUGUGACAUCUUAGCAUUCCAAGAUACCCUUUAUGUCCACAACAACCGUCAAUUCUUUGUGAAGUGCCUCAUUGCAGGGACAGUGGAUUUCAUCUUUGGUAACUCUGCAGUGGUGUUCCAAGACUGUGAUAUCCACGCUAGGCGUCCCGACUCGGGCCAGAAGAACAUGGUCACGGCCCAGGGAAGAGUUGACCCUAACCAAAACACAGGCAUUGUGAUCCAGAAGUGCAGGAUUGGUGCCACUCAGGACUUGGAGGCUGUGAAGAAGGAUUUCAAAACAUAUCUUGGGAGGCCCUGGAAGGAGUACUCUAGGACUGUAAUCAUGCAGAGUAGUAUCAGUGAUGUGAUUGACCCUGUUGGGUGGCAUGAAUGGAAUGGCAACUUUGCAUUGAGCACUUUGGUCUAUAGGGAGUAUCAAAACACUGGGCCUGGUGCUGGAACCUCCAAUAGGGUCUCAUGGAAAGGGUUCAAGGUCAUCACUGAUGCUGCUGAGGCCCGGGCUUUUAGCCCCGGAAGCUUCAUUGGGGGUUCCAGCUGGUUGGACUCAACAGGCUUUCCUUACUCUCUUGGCUUGUAA